GUGUGGCGAGUCCAUGCAGCAUGAGAUGUGUUAAUGCGUUUUUAUAUAAAGUUAACUUGUGUAAACAAGCACGCUGUAUUUCAAACACAUGUAGUGGCUAUGCAAAUAUCACUGUAGAAGAGCUGAUUUCUAAAUGGCAAGGUCGUUUCCUGAAAUGUAGUAUUCCUGAGCCCACAUGUUCAGUUGAGCUUUUGACAGCUCAUGCCCUUGGAAGAAAAACUCUCAAUGAAGUUUCACCAACUCAAGUGUUGUCUGAAGAACAAGUGACGCGUGUUGAUGAACUGUGCACGAACAGAUUGACAAGAUUGCCCGUGCAAUACCUUAUUGGAGAAUGGGAUUUUCUGUCACUCACACUGAAAAUGAAGCCACCAGUAUUUAUUCCGAGACCAGAGACAGAGGAACUUGUCACUCUGGUCCGUGAGGGUAUCAAACACGUGGGCGCAAACUACACAACGUUACAGUUCUUGGAUAUUGGCACAGGAACUGGCGCCAUUGUGAUUGCCUUGCUCGAUCUUUUUCCCGAGGCCAGGGGCGUUGGUGUGGAUACACUCCCGGCCGCCUGCAUUUUGACGGCAGAAAACGCCGAGCUGAUUGGCGUAAACAACAGACUCACUGUUCUCCAUGCGACUCUUAGCAACGACAUCUACGAUUGGACCAAAUUGACGGAAUCCUUUGGCAAAUUCGAUGUGAUUGUCAGCAACCCGCCAUAUAUUCCAAGUGGCAUUGUGGGUGAUUUAGAACCGGAAAUAACAAGAUAUGAACACCACAGUGCCCUGUUUUCUGGAGAGGACGGCAUGCACUUUAUAAAGCAAAUUCUUCAAAACACAUCAGAUCUUCUAAAGUCUGCAGGGUCCCUUUGGCUUGAGGUUGACCUUAAACAUCCCCAGUUAGUUCGCCAGUAUGUCCAGGAACACGAUGUCGGAUUGACCUACGUAAAAACACACCGUGAUUUCACAAAUAGGGUAUAUAUGGCAUACACACACACCUGAAAUUCUGCGAUGACACUGGUAUGGUUGGUGUUGUUUGAUUACUGACAAACUGAUAUCGCAAAAGCGAAUGAACGUUAGAAUCCAGGGCAGAAUCCGUUAGAGAACACUUGGGAUAUGCCUGGCCAUGGGAUACAAACACCGCAUUCUCCUGCACAAAAUGUGAGAGAACUGGGGAAAGCUUUGCGUCAGGAGGGCAGGUCCGACAUCUGAUUGGAGGAACGAGACCCAGGGUGGAGACCAGUAACCUGGAUACAUGGAGGCUGUGCGCGAGUUAAUAUACAGUUAAUGUAGCCGUGUUCCAUACUUGAAAGACAUAUUUUUUAAGCAUUCUUAAGCUUAAUGGGAGAUCUGUUUGUUAGCAAUCUCAUGUCAUGUGUUACGGCACAAUUCCAGGGAGGGUUCUUGUUUGUAUAAAGUAGAUUUUGUACAUUCACAUUAUAUAUAUUUAUAUAUAGUGCAUAAUUUGUACACUUUGCACAAAGUGUAUAAGAUCAAAACGUAUUUCUUUUGCAGAGGAAGGUUUUGCCAUUUAAUGAAAUGCUCCUGAAUCAAAGACGAGUGGUUCUCCUACAAUCUGUGGCCCAUGCAAAGGCAUCUGGCAUUAAUUAUCCAUUUCCAUUUAGACAGCUAACGCCAAACUGCGUGAUUGUAACCCAAAUGUAACCCGUACUUUAUAUUGCUUGACAUUAUAUGGUGUUUUUAUACCUAAAUUUAUAGCAUCACUUUUGUUGUAAAAUGUGUUGUUUUUACUCCAUAGUGGUGAAUAUUUCCUCAAUCCCCUAAAGUGAAAUAACGAUAUUAUUCUACUCGACAUGGCUUAUACAGCUGUUCCACAUAUACUCUGCUUAUUUUCCAUGCAGAUUUAUUCAGUAUGAAUAUUAUAUUUUGCGCACACAGCUUAUGGUGUGGCAGGUUGAAAUACAACUGUCGCUGGUGGUUCAGCCUCUGUUUUAAGUCACAGUGCCAGGUAUAUACCUGGCGAAGGGCGGUUGUUUACUCCCGGCACUGAAGUUUCCUCAAGUUAUAUAUGCCUGUCCGCCGUCGUACGAGCGGAAUAUUAUUGCAUAUGGUGUUGAGUACCAAUCAAAUAAAUAAAUACAAUGAA